AGUCAAAGCCAGUGUAACCUAACCAUCAUGUGUAAAAGCUGAAGGGUGAUCCUUGAUCUUCCAUUAAAUUAGCCACAUCCUUCAGGGGUUUCAGUUACCAAAGAUCUAUGCACGAUAAAGUCAGACAACCCUCCUUGGUAUGUGGCCGAAUUCCUUUGGUCUCCUAUAGGUUUUGCCCUUGCAAAGAUUUUGAAGAAUUUAAGUGAAGGGACGGUAUAUUGUUUGAAUAUGUUGCAACUUCUUUUUUUAAAUGCUUUCCAUUUCAGAGUCGUCAAGACAGUCAUGCCAUUCCUGAACAUUACAACUAUGUUUAGUUUGACUUGACAAAUUCAAAUAAAAACAGACUAAAGGGGAGUUUUGCAUUUUGUGAAUAUAAGAGGCUUUUUUACCUUUAUAUUUGUUAAGCUAUAGUAGAUUCUGCUCAUGGGAUUGGGUAAAAGGUUGACCUAGAUGCUGAGGCAGUAUGUAGAGUCUUCUGUUAGCUGUCAUUUGUUCUGCAAGUGGAAUUCUCUGGAGUGUGUUGGACUCUCUUUUAAGUACCGUUGCAGCGAGCACAAAGUGCUAUUCAUAGUCCAGAUACUUGAGACACAUGGUAAAUCGAAAGCUCCUUCUUCGAUUUCCUUAAACUAUAAAUCUCUUAACUAAAAUAAUGACGAAUUCUAAACAGAAACAUUAUAAAACAACUCUGAAUUAGUUACAACCAAAAGAUGGUCUAAAUUAAAAAGAAACAUGCCCUUAUGAAUGGAGCUGCCUUUAAGUCUUUCUUGUGUACCUCCAACGUCCAGCUUGCUCAUGUUUCAUUCCAUCAAAUUCACUUGUGUGCACACAGCCCCAAAACCCCUUCUGGACAUAUUUGGUUUCAUCUAAAAACAGAGUUCAUUGUUCACUCAGAGGAUAGUGAGCACUGAGACUAGCCAGCAUGUCCCUGGAUUAUCUCCCACCCAGGUGCAUUUUAUUCAGGAGCUGAAUUAGUGGGAUGGCCCGUCUGGUCCUGCUACCUCAGCAGGUAGGACGGGCCACAGAGCUCCUCUGGAUCUCCCCUCCUGUCGGGUAGACCUGCACACUUGAGCGGGACUCCCAGCACGGAGGGCGAAAGAUGGUUUUUCUAACACCUUCAAUGAUGCAAAGGACUGCACUCUUUGUGACGCUCGGGGGUUUGGUCACUUCUCUAAUCACCACGUUCCUCCCGCUGUGGAAGACGAUGAACUCUGACCUGAACGAAGUGGAGAACUGGUACUCUGGACUCUGGCACACCUGCCUUUACACAGAGGAGGUCGGAGUUCAGUGCAAGGCCUAUGAGUCCAUCAUGGGGCUGCCGGUGGACCUGCAGAUCUCCAGGGUGCUCAUGUUAGUGUCGGUAGGCACCGGAGGUUUAGCUCUGCUGGCUGCCUUCCCCGGCCUGGAGGGGGUCGCGAUGUGCAUGGGACGGCCCGGCCUGAAGAGAAGACUCCUCAUCCUCGGUGGCGUGCUGUCGUGGGUGUCGGGUCUCGCCACCCUGGCUCCCGUCUCCCUCGUUGCCUACACAACCGUGGUGGACUUCUGGGACGAGGGUUUCCCCGACGUGGUGCCUCGCUGGGAGUAUGGAGAGGCCAUGUUCUCUGGGUGGUUCGGAGGUUUGGCUCUGGCCAUCGGAGGGACGCUCUUCUUUGUCGCUGUGUGCAUGGCGGACUACGACCAGAGGCCCGGAAGUGUGGCCGACAGCCCGCAAGCGAAGCACAGGACAAAGCAUUACCUGAAGACAGAGGUCUUGUAGAUUUCUUAUUGCCAAACGUGUCAUCUGCACACUCACGUACUUAUCAUGGAGGACAUAUGACUGCUAGGCUUAUUCUACCUGUUCUUUUCUUUAAGUUACUCUUUUUUUAGACAUUUGUUGCUGCUUCUAGUUAAUCAUGAGAUGGUCUUCAUUGAGUUUUCAGGGCAGAAUCGUCUGGUACAUUUAGUGAGUUGUUAUGUCAUCUUAUUCUUGACCAGUUAGGUCACUAUAGAUAUUUGACCACUGAUGCCCAAAUGUAUGAAAUACUAGCUGUGUUUUGGCCGGCCGUCAUUUUAUAAUUCACCCUGUAAUGAUUUAUUUCACCGCUCUGGCCUCUCUCAUCCUGGCUUUUCUCUCUGAAUGGCACGAGUCCCUCGGUAAUUCAAUUAAACUGAGUGAUAUAUCA